UUGUUUACAUUUUGAAUGUGGCUGUUCGUUUAAUAUUUUUAUUUUAUUUAAUUUACAAUGGAUUUCAAUGACCAAAUCGAGUCGAGUGGAGACGAGGAGGAAAUAACGGCGGAAGCUGUACUGAAAACUCUUUACAACGCCUGGCAAAAUGAACGUCUUUCGCCAGAAAUUCUUCCACAUUGUAAUGAAAUGGUUGAAUGUAUGUUGGGGCAGAUUCAGCACAUGGAGCGAAACAUUAACAAGCUGCCCAAGACUGAUCUCCGUGCUUCGAUCCACAAGAUGGAGCUGAGUCGCAUCAAGUACAUAAUUUGCAAUUACUUAAGAGCGAGGUUAUGCAAAAUCGAAAAACACUGUAUUCCUAUCAUUAAUGAAGAAAGGCAAAGAAUAGAGUCGGGAACCAACUAUUUAACACCAUCGGAAUACAAAUAUGCGCAAGAGUACUUGUUGAAUAUGGAAGGUCAUUUUAAGUCAGUUGUAUUAGAUAAAGUACCUGGCAAUAUGCAAACAUUUGAAAUGAAUAAAAUGGCAAUUUAUCCUAAUUUACAAAGCCAUGUCUUUCUGAAAGCAAAUGAGACAGUAAAUGGCGUAGUAUUAGAUCUACCUGGGGAACAGGAUGAAGAAAUUGAUUUGGAAGAAGGCUCACAGCACAUAUUGCUGUAUAAACCGGUCGCUGAUCUUGUGAAAAGUGGAAAGGUUCAACUAAUAUAAAUAAUAAAGCUUCAAUAUUGAAAUUA